UAAAAUUUUACUUUAAAUUAUUCGAAAUAGUAUUAGCAAAAUGGCCCAACUGGCCCCGGUUCUUUUGGCCCUUAUCCUAAAUUUGUCAGGAUUCUACAUUUUUCGUAAACCUCAAGGCAUAAAUGGUCCUAGUGGUGGUGGAAGUGGCAGCUCGAAAUCCAGUGGGAAAUCAGUUGACGAUUAUGAUAAUAGUGAAGCGCCUUUAAUGUCAAGUGUAUUAUUCGCAAUAGCAGUUGUAAUAUUAAUAUUAGAUACAAGAUUAUAUCCCAAAUGUUUUCGAGAAUUACAUUGGUUUAUCGAUCAUUUAUAUCAGUAUAUUAUGGCCACAUUUAUAUUAGAAUACACCUUAAAUGAUUUUUGGUUUCCUUUUGAAAAUUGGGCCUUGUGUUUUUUACCAAAGUCUGGUCUACUAAUAUGUCAUUUAUUUGAAAAACUGGGCCAUUUUCAAUGCUUAGCGCGAAGAAUAGUAGAAGUUACUAGUAUGCCAGAAGCUAUAUUUGCUUGGAGCUAUUUUAUAAGUUCAAUGUUUUUAAUAUCAGUUCUGCAUGCUACUUGUAUUCUUGAUUUCCGUAUUCUUCUCCGAUGUGGACCAUGUGCAUUCCUCGAAGACAUAAUGAUUAAUUUUCAAUUAAUUAAAGAGAAUAUAUUAUUACAAAUCUGUGGCGAAUGCGUGACAAAACCACCAGGAUGUCCCCCUGGCUGCCCCACAAAUAGAAAUUCACGUAUUCCUCCUGGUGUGGGUGGUGCUGCUGGAGGUAUUCAAAAACGUCCAAUACAUAAAAAUAAAAGAAAUGAUUCAGAUACACAUGCUUGUAAUGAAUGCUCUUACUAACUAUAUAAUAUAAUUGUAUUUCCCGCAUUUUUUUCUGUAAU